AUGGAUUCAGACAAUUCAGAUAAUUACGAUCAAGAAUUUUGGGAGUUGGUUGAAGAAGAAUUUAUGGACGAUAGUGAUGAAGAACAACAACUUCAGAAUGAACGUCGAUCUGGAAGUUCCUCUAGGCCAAAGAGAAGAACAACGGUAGAUCGAGGUCGUGAAGAAGGGCACAAUCGAUUAUUCAAUGACUACUUCUCGGAAAACCCAGUAUACACAGAUGUUCAAUUCCGAAGAAGGUUCAGAAUGCAUAGGCAUGUAUUUCUUCAAAUUGUAGAUUCCCUUGGAAAUCAUGAUGAAUAUUUCCAAAUGAGGGUCGAUGCAACUGGUAAAAUGGGUCUUUCACCAUUGCAGAAAUGUACAUCUUCUAUUCAAAGAUUUGUUAAGGGUGUCAAUGUUGUAUUUGGCGCUGAGUAUUUGAGAAAGCCUAACAACACUGAUGUUGAACAUCUUUUACAAAUGGGAGAGUCACGUGGCUUUCCAGGUUCAAACAAUGACAUUAAUGUGCUAAACCAAUCCAACGUGUUUAAUGAUAUUUUGGAAGGACGUGCUCCCAAUGUGCAAUAUACAAUCAAUGGGACACCAUAUAAUAUGGGGUAUUAUUUAGCAGAUGGUAUAUAUCCCGAGUGGGCUACAUUUGUCAAGACUAUUUCAAUGCCACAGGGAGAAAAGAAAAAAUUAUUUGCUCAACAUCAAGAAUCGGCUAGAAAAGAUGUGGAGCGAGCAUUUGGAGUGCUUCAAUCUCGAUUUGCAAUUAUACGUGGCCCAGCGCGUGCCUGGCACAUGGACACUCUCAAGCAUACCAUAUAUGCCUACAUCAUAUUGCACAACAUGAUUGUGGAAGACGAACGACAUACAUAUGGAGGUAAUUUUGAUUACUCUUAUGAUAAUGUGGAUAUUAAUAACUCAACAACUGAAACAUUUAGUGAUCCUCAUCCGAAUCUUGCAACAAGACUACAAAGAAGAGCAAGUAUUCAAGAAAAACAAGUUCAUCGUAAACUUCAAGGAGAUCUGGUCGAAUAUAUUUGGGAACGUUUUGGACAUGAAGAUGAUGAAAUUUAA